AUGAAGAUGAGAAGGGGAUAUUAAUUGGUGAAAUAAGUUAGGUAAAGUGUCAAUAUUAGAGAAGAAAUUUAGCAAACAAUAUAAUAAGAUAGAAACUUGAUAGAAUGAAUUGGACAUUAUUACAUAUGAUUUUAGCAAAGUUAUCAGUAGAUUUUGAUGAAAAAUUCACAUUCAAAAUAAAUAUAUUUUUAAAUCUCUUGUAAGAAUGA